GAAACAGCAUCAUCGCAGCCAAGUACUUUUGUUUAUAUGCUUCACCGUCUAACCUAAGCUAUACAAAGUGACCUUUCAAAAUUAUGAUUAACGAUGGAUGUUUUGAAAAGACGAUUAAAUGAGUUCAGAGAAGAAGAAGAUGAAUUAAGAAGUAAGAUUGCGGACAUAGAAUCUCAGAUAAAAUGUGUAGUGGAAGAAACAUACAAAGUUAAUUCUGAACAGUACGAACUUGCGUCUAAAGAGAUGUUAUUAAAGCAGAAAUGUGAAGUGCAGAGUAUGAGAUUAAAAGACGCACUCAAUAGGCUUUCUGACCACAAAGACAAUCAUAGUCAACAUUCCAGAAAGUUAGAAAAUUUGAGCAACAAGAAUUACAGUCAAGACUCAAAAAUGGAUGGACUGGAAGCAGAACUAUCAAGAUUACGAACCGAGUACUUAGAGGUUCAGAGUCGUGUUGAUGAGGCUGUUCUUCACUUAAAACACGUAGAAUUCGCAAGAGAAAAUGCCGAAAAGAGAGCUGCAAUAACGGAGUCGAGACUACAAGAACUGGAAAAACAACACGCGUCCACGACAGAUGCCUUGAAACGUGCUGAGCUCAAUGAUAUGCAGUAUCUUUCUACUGAUGACCUGGAAACGAAAGAAAAAAAUUUACGGGAACAAUUGCAGCUAGCGAUCGAGACGUACGAGAAUUCAGAGAGAAAUGUCGUUACCCUUGACCGCCAAAUCAAAUCACGCAAAGUGGAACUAACAAAACAACAAAGUGAGAAUGAAACUUUGAAGAAAGAAAUUGAAUCAUUUCUAAAAGAGAUGGUUGAUAUCUAAUCUCCUCUCCUGUGAAAAAAAAAAGAAAGAAUAUUCGCUAUAUUUUAUCCGUACCUAAAUGAAGUUGUUCAUAUUAUGCGCCCAAUUACAAAGCUUAUUUAUCUUAUGAAACUUCUUUGUUUGUUUGUGAAUGGCACCUUCAUUUUGACCUGCCUUCUAUUGUUUUCAUAAAGAAUCAACAUUUCUCUGAGAAUGUUAUUUUAGGAAUGUAUAUUAUCUAUUUUUUUGUUUAUGUAAAACAAGAAGACACUUGUAAUCUCUACAACAGUUUCAACUGUUGUCUAGUGCUUAUCUUAUUUUCUUAGGAAAUUUUUUAAAUCUUUUUACCUCUGCAAAAAAGUAUGGAUUAUAAACUCAUUUUCUUUUAUUGCUCUUUUGUGUGAAAAUAACUCUUUAUUAUUGUCUAUCUUAUUUAACUAUUUUUGCAAAGCAUAUUUUCUAUAUCCCACUUGUUUUUUAUUUUUAUUUUUCCAGUAAAAAUAUGCUUUUUUGUUCAAA